GAUCGCUUCAGCUAUGGCCACCAUCAGGCUUUCGUUGUGCAUUUUUGGAAUCCACAGUUUCUUGUACGCCAUCUGUCUGGGAUGCAACAAUCUGUUCGUUGUUGACAAUGACAGGAAUUCCACCGAUGACACAAUUUUGGCGAGGCAAGGAAAGACGUUGAUUCUUGUGUGCGAUGGUUCCUGCCAGGGGCGUGGCUUCACCCCUGCCCUGCAAUGGUUCAGACCUAAUGGUGACCGCAUCCAUCCGUUUCCUGGGCGACUGAUGUCCGUACCUAGCAGCGGCAGACGACAUCAGCGACUUUACAUCCGACGUUUUGGCGCGCGAGACGUCGGCCGAUACACCUGCAAAGGCUGGGUCAAAGGUCGCUGGAAGACAAUUUCUAGACUCGUUUACAUGGCAGGUAACUCUAUUUAAGGUAACUACGACAGAGCAACCGUGCCUACUCGGAGAGACAGAAGAACGCCAGCAGCUCCAACCGUCCGUCCGUCCACACUUCCUAGACUUCCGAGUCCAAACAUACAACGAAAAAAAUAACAUUUACGUGUGGUGUGCAGAGAUGGAUCCCGAGGGUGGGGGUGGAGUGGUUGUUUGGGGGAAUAAGGUACCUAAACAUAUUUUUUUCUUCUUUUAUUAUUAUUUUUUUUCAUUGGGAUGUUGUUUUUUUGGAUGAUUUGGUCCAUGUGCCUUUUUCCAGUUACCCCCCUCCCCCACCCCCGAGAAAUAGUUUCUUGAUCCUCCCCUGGUAUUUAUCAGAUAUGACCAUUCGCCAAAUUUAUAUUUUAUACUCUUAAUAUAUAAAAUUAAUUUGAGCAAUAAAAUGGCGUCUCACGGGUU